ACGAACAACCUUUUCCACUACCAUGGCCAACCAACAGUCCCAACAACUUAUUCAGCAGCUCUUGAAGGCCGAGCGGGAGGCUGACACUUACGUUAGCCGUGCCAGAGAGAACAGGACCAAGAAGCUGCGUGAAGCCAAGAGCGCCGCUCAGGACGAGGUCGCCUCUUUCCGUGCUAAGGAGGAGGAGAAAUUCAACCGUGACUAUGCUGCUCUUCAGAGCACUUCUGGUGGUGAGGAUGAGGAGCUUGCCAAGCAGACUCAGGCCGAUAUUGACGCCAUUCACGCUGCGUACACGAAGAACUCCAAGGUCGCCGUCAAGUACAUGGUUGAUCGUGUAUUGGAUGUCACCCCUGAGCUCAGCAGAAUACAGGUCGAUGUCCUUUCCAUGUAAAGCUCUGAGCACUAGAGAUUGAUGCCACUGGUGAAUAGUUGACACUAUUGAUAUUUCCUCAGUACUGCUAUCAUUGUUGUUGAUGAGUGAUUCGAUCUUUAGGAGUAUUCACAACUCGGCACUAUGUGCAGUUGUUGUA